CUUCAGUAUAAAAGGGUGGCGCUGCCGAACUCUGACAUUCAUUUCUUCGCCGACGUCUCUCAGCAUGGAUCUUCUCAAGGUCGUGGUUUUCAGCGCCUUCACAACUUUGGUGUGUUGUAAAUCCCUGGGUCAAUAUCAUUACACCACUCCAGCAUCUGUUUCUUAUAACACUCCCACUUCUUUCAGCUAUCAGAGCUCCGGAUCGCCGCUCUAUUCUACCCCCUAUUCCCAAGGUUUCAUUCCUCCAUCUCAGCAGUCUUUUAAUUAUAACCCCAUUCAAGUGCAUACAUCCUCCCCUGUUCAAAUUUAUAGACCUACUCCUUCUCCGGUUUACACAUCUACUCUUUCUCCAGCUUAUUCAUCUACUCUUUCUCCAGUCUAUUCAUCUACUCUUUCUCCAGCUUAUUCAUCUACUCUUUCUCCAGUUUAUUCAUCUACUCUUUCUCCAGCUUAUUCAUCUACUCUUUCUCCUGUUUUCACGUCUACUUCUGCCUAUGGUACUCCAACCACUUCCUUCAUAAAUCAGCCAGGACAACUAUAUCUUACCCCUGAUAUACAGGGGCCAGCCCGAUACAGCUAUGGCUAUUCUGUGCAAGAUGACCUCACAGGAAAUCAAUCAGGCCACCAAGAGACUCGCGACGGAGACAUUACACGAGGAAGCUACCACGUCAGGCUUCCUGAUGGGCGUCUACAGAGGGUAAAUUACUCAGUUCAGGGUGGAUCAGGGUUCGUGGCUGAUGUGACAUACGAAGGAACAGCCCAAUACCCCAUUACUCAGCCACAAAGCCUAUACCAGUCUCCCUUCAAUCAUUACAGGCCAACACAUUACGGCUAGUGUCCAGGUUUUUUUUAUGAAAGACAACAGAGGUCUCUUUGCUAGAACCAAGGGGCCUCCUGUAUCAAAAAUCAACUUUUCAAGUCCAUGCUCUAUGGUUCUUUGCUUUGGAUAACCAUGAAAUAAAAUGUAGCAAAUAACAAAA